UUGUUCUGCUUUGUAUUUCGGUUCGUUUAUAUUCAGCCUCUCUCUAGCCGGGGAAGCAACGCCAUGGUGGAGCAGGGAAGACUCCACCGACCCGGCGCACAUCCGGGACUUGCGCGGGCGCGGCCUCGGGAGGCGGGGCCUAGACGCGCAGCCCAGGGCCCGCCCAGCCGGCUACAGGCGGCUCCGCGCGACCACGCUUUGGACCGGAAGGAGUAGCCGCGCCCUCCCGUUACCUAUUGGCUGUCGCGAGAGGAAGCGCGAGGCCUGCCGGGAUUGUGCGCGAGCCGGCGUAGGCGUGCCCAAAAUGGCAACCCUGGAAGAGGAGUUCACGUUGUCUGCGGUAACCUUGGGUGCGAGGCCCGACGGACUCCUGGGUGUAGAGCCGACUGACAAAACAGACCAUUUUCUAGUGACGGACAGAAGCAGGACUGUCAUCCUGUAUAAGGUUUCUGAUCAGAAACCCUUGGGGAGCUGGUCAGUGAAACAAGGUCAAAUUAUAACCUGCCCAGCAGUGUGCAAUUUUCAAACUGGAGAGCAUAUUGUUGUACAUGAUAACAAGGUUUUGAGAAUAUGGAACAAUGAAGAUAUAAACUUGGAUAAAGUAUUUAAAGCUACACUGGCUGCUGAGGUGCACAGUGUGCACUCAGUACAAGGGGCGGAGCCCGUGGUGCUGUUCAGGGGCGGCGCUGCCCGCAGCCUGGAGGCCUUGCUCGCAGAGCCCCAGCAGAAGGUCGAGACUGUUCUCUCCGACGGAGAAGUGAUUAAGUGGUCCAAGUUUUUUGUGGUAUUUAGGCAUCCUGUCUUAGUUUUUAUUACUGAAAAGGAUGGGAAUCACUGUGCUUAUGUACAAAUGUUCCACACACGAAACUUAAGCAAGUAUACUCUGUGGCCUGGACAAGAAGGAAAAUCUGUUACACUGAGUUUUACUGCUUAUGUGGAUCGGAAGUUUAUCUCUUUAAUGUCAUUAAGCUCUGAUGGAUGUGUAUAUGAAACCUUGGUUCCAAUAUAUCCGAGUGACACAGAAAAAAAUCAGAGAUUAGUGAGGUCACUGUUGCUCAAGCUGUGGUCCUAUGGAGAACACCUGUUCAUGCUUCAUGGAAAGUGCCUGACUGUGAUUCCCUGCAAGUGUGGCGUGUCGUCACUAGCCGGGGCUCUGGGGAAACUGCAGCGCGCACGGGACCCAGCUACCUGGAUGGCAGCCCCGAGUGGCUCAGAGAAACACAUUGAGGUGGAGCUCCGUAAGUUUUUGGCUAAGUGGACACCUGACUGUCAUAACCUAAUUGGGAACAUCACAGCAGGACUCCUGGGAAGAGCUAAAGCCGAGCCCGCGUUCUAUCCCCGGAACUGCCUGAUGCAGCUCCUCCAGACUCACGCGCUCUCCUACAGCUUGUGCCCUGGCUUAAUGGACGCUGCCUUAGAGAGAGCGGAUGUCCAGGUGCUGCAGCUGUGCCUGCAGCGGUUCCCGGACGUUCCCGAGUCUGUCACCUGUGCCUGCUUAAAGACUUUCUUGAGCAUUGGUGAUGACAGUCUUCAAGGAAUUAAUAUCAAUAUGGAGUCAGUUUUUGAUUAUAGUAAUACUGAACAAGAUGAGAAAAUGGAAGAACAAUCCGGAAUUCUCCGAAAUGGCUUCAGUCCUGAAGACAGCAGCUGCAAUCGGGAGUUAAAUGAGAAGCCCCAGGAGCCGGCAGCGGCACCCACGCCAUGCCCAGUGACGCCCCAGAGGGCAGCCCUGCUAAAUGGCAUUCUUUGUUCAGCAUACAGUGAGACAUUUCUUCUGCCUCACUUGAAGGAUAUCCCGGCCCAGCAUACCACACUCUUUCUGCAGUAUCUGUACUUCCUCUAUCUCAAGUGCAGCGAGAACGCUCCCAUGACUCUUCCUGGAACGCACCCUCCGACCCUGAGCCAGAUUAUGGAUUGGAUAUGUCUACUUCUGGAUGCUAACUUUACUGUUGUCUUAAUGAUACCAGAAGCAAAAAGGCUACUGAUAAACCUUUAUAGGUUUGUGAAAUCUCAGAUAAGUGUUUAUUCUGAGCUCAACAAGAUUGAAGUAAGUUUUCGGGAGCUACGGAAACUAAAUCAAGAAAAGAACAAUGGAGGAUUAUAUUCAAUUGAAGUGCUAGAACUAUUCUGACAGUACCAGGAUUUCCUUCAGAGACAUUUUAUGAGGUUUUUAUGUGAAAUCCUCCCCUUCAUCCAGGCAAGAACGGUUUU